AUGCGAGCGAAUCAGCGGAGCACUUCGCUCGACAUGCAUAAUAUCGGGCAGCGAUAUUCCACGCGAGAGACCACGUGUACUGCACAAGGCUGCGAAAGGAUACGAAUCUGCAUCGAAGAUUCUGCGGCUGAGACCCUCACAUCGGCCUGGCCAGGCCCGCACGAGGGCACCGAUGGUUCAUUACUUUGUCCGAAUCGAAUGGCAUCGCUGAAUCCAAAGAUGGAUGGCAUUGAAGCAAACGCAGGCGCAAGCCAAGGAUCAGGAUCUCCAGACCUCGAUUCGAAUCGUCAACAUGCAUCUCAGUCCACCCGCGGGGCUAGACCGCCCGAGAACAAACGUACAAUGGCGCCAACAGAAUAUACAAUUGGUUGGAUUUGUGCUCUGCCCAUUGAACUGGAAGCUGCGGUUUCGGUGAUGGACGAGCGCUUUGCCAAUGUCAGUUUUGCCGAUCUACCCUCCAACCCAACCGACUCCAAGAUCUACGCGUUCGGCCGCAUCGGACAGCACAACAUCGUGGCAGCCUGUUUGCCUGCUGGGCAAUUGGCUACAGGGCAAGCAGCUGCAGUCGCUGGCCAGAUGGCCGCCAGCAUUCCCUCGUUGCGGUUUGGCAUUUUAGUCGGCGUCGGUAGUGGAGUCCCGAAUCGCGACGAAGAUGUUGACAUUUGGCUUGGCGACGUCGUCAUCAGCCAGCCGACAUCUCAGUCUAGUGGGGUCAAGCAAUGGACGCUUACGACUGAUGGUUGUUCCCUUGAUCCUGACAGCCUCAACGUGCCGCCGAAUAUUCUGCUUCACGCCUUAUCUAAGCUUCGUGCCGACGAUUUCUUCGGUGAGACGGAAGUCAGUCAACAUCUCUCAAAGAUUCUGAGCCAGCCGAAGUUCGCACCCCCAGGCCCUGAAUACGAUACGCUACACUUACCUGGGGCUACGGGCGUGGAAUGCUACGAGAGGCCGAGGGACAUUGUUCAUCGGGAACCGCGCGACACGACGACUCCACGCUUGUUCUUCGGCAACAUGGCGUCGAGUGAUUGUGUUCUGAACGAUGGCCUAACCCGCGAUGGUUAUAGCCAGUCAUUUGGGAGAGUUCUAUGCUUUGAGACGGAGGCGGUUGGCCUCAUACGCGGCUUCCCGUGCGUCGUCGUCCGUGGCAUUUGCGACUACGCAGGCAGCCACAGGAACAAGUGGUGGCAGCCCUACGCAGCAGCGACGGCAUCAGCAUGCGCAAAAGAACUUCUCCUGACCAUUUCACCAGCCAAUGUUCUACAGGAGAAGCCUAUACGGCAGUUAUCCAGUGGUUCCAAUCCGAAAGAUUCUCGAGCGACCAGAAAGCCCUACUCUGGGACGGGAAGAAGGGCCCACACCAAAUAUUGA